AUGAAUUUGAAGUUAAUUAGAGAUCAAAACAAUUGUGUUGAUGGAUUUGUUGAAAUGGAAGGCGAAGCGUCUUGUAGCUCAAUACCGGGUGCUAGGAAGUUGCAAAAUGUGGUUGAGAGGGACUUGAUUUUGAAGAAUGAAUCGGUUAGGGUGUUUGAUGUAGUGAAUUCAUCAGUUCAUGUCAAGAACGGAAGGUUUGAGCUGAAGGGUAAGGGGAUUGCAAAUCAGAGGCCAAGAAACUCACUGAGAAAAGUGAAUCAUCCUAUGGAGAGACAGAGUAAUGUGCAGAAGGAACUGGGUUAUGAAGGUAAUGAGAAAAAUGCAAUCAGAAUCUUGGAACAGGCACUUGAAGAAGAGCAUGGUGCUCUUUACCUUGAGCUUGAGAAGGAGAGAAGUGCUGCUGCUACAGCUGCAGAUGAGGCCAUGGCAAUGAUACUGCGUCUACAAGACGAGAAGGCAUCCAUAGAAAUGGAGGCUUGGCAAUACCAGAGGAUAAUAGAAGAGAAAUCUGCUUAUGAUGCUGAAGAAAUGAACAUCCUUAAAGAAAUUCUUGUGAGGAGACAGAAAGAGAAGCAUUUCUUGGAAAGGGUAGUUGAAGCUUAUAGGCAGAUGAUUCAUAUUGGAAAUUAA